UCAUGCACAUCCUAGCUUAACUUCUCUUUAAAUAGCUCUUUGGAAUAGAAUCAAGGGACUUACCAAAUCCAUUACAAGCAUAAAUUUCUUACACCUUCAAUAAAACUCAAGUCCUUUGAAGCAUCAGAAUUCAGCCAUGAACACCACAUUACUUCGUUCACUCAGCAUAGCUACCUAUAAUCAACUGCAUAAGUCAAUACUCAACAAAUUCUUACCUGAUCCUGCCAAUGAACGCCAAUUGUCAACAACAACGUCAAAGCAAAGUAGAAUAUAUUCGAUUAUAAACAAGCUUGGAAGGAAGGCUGAUAACUUUUCGCAAGAAGUACGAGAACAUGUGAGACUGGGGCCAACGAUAACUGAGACAGUUAUGGGGAAGUUGAGACUAGGGGCUAGAAUUCUUCAAGUUGGUGGUGUUAAGAGAGUCUUCAACCAAUUCUUCACAGUGAGAAAAGGGGAGAAACUGUUGAAAUCUUCACAGUGCUAUCUAUCAACCACAUCAGGCCCUUUAGCAGGGCUCCUCUUCAUUUCCACAGACAAGGUUACCUUUUGCAGUGAGAGAUCAAUGAAAGUCUUCUCUAGUAAAGGCGAAAUGUGCAGAAUCCGUUAUAAGGUUUCAAUUCCCCUGAAGAGGAUUAAGUACGUGAACCAAAGUAGAAAUGUUGAGAAGCCAACACAGAAGUAUAUAGAGAUAGUCACAGAAGACAAUUUUGAGUUUUGGUUUAUGGGAUUCUUAAAAUAUCAGAAAACUUUCAAUUAUCUUGAGCUGGCAAUUUCUCAAGCUUAGAUGAACAGCUAAAGCCUAAAGCCACCCAUUGUACCUAAGGCUUCAAAGCGUAACUUCAUUUAAUCUACACACCUCAUUAAGAUAUGAGAGUUGACCUAGCUGCAUUGGCAUAUAUUGCAGUAGAGGAGGAACUAAGCUUCAUAUUAGAGGCUUAAUGCUGUAGAAGAUAGAAUACAUAUAUACUGAGUACUGCCAUACCAUAUAGUGGAAUGGAAUGGAAGGAGGAAAAUAGACAGAAAUUGAUGUAAAAAUAUAUAAGAGAAUCCAAAGAAUGAAGUUGAGCUGUUUUUUAAGGAAGGAAGAAUGAAGUUGAGCUAGAAGACCAAAAA